UAUCAGUCAGUCAGCAGGCAGGAACAGGCCGGCAGUGUGUUUCUGCUCUCAACGAUUCACCCUUUUCACCUCUUCAGUCAGAUUCUCUGCAACAGCUUGACAUGAUGCUUGAGCAUGAGGAGUUCACCAAAGCAGGCAAGAAAGCUGGCUUGCAGAUUUGGAGGAUUGAGAAUAUGGAGUUGGUCCCUGUGCCCGACAACUUACAUGGGAGCUUCUACACAGGGGAUGCUUAUGUGAUUCUCUACACUGUCAAAAAGAAAGAGAGCUCUUUUUACCAUCUGCACUACUGGCUGGGAAAAGAGUGCAGCCAGGAUGAGAGCACUGCUGCAGCCAUCUUUACUGUGCAGUUGGAUGAUUACUUGGGUGGAAAGCCAGUCCAGUACCGAGAACUACAGGGGGUUGAGUCAACUGCCUUCACCAGCUACUUCAAAGGAGGGCUCACUUACAAAACAGGGGGUGUGGCCUCAGGUUUCAACCAUGUGGUCACCAAUGAUCUUACAGCACAGCGACUUCUACAUGUCAAGGGUCGGCGUGUUGUCAGAGCCACCCAAGUCCCCUUCAGUUGGUCCAGCUUCAACAGUGGAGACUGCUUCAUCAUUGACCUCGGAGAUAAGAUCUACCAGUGGUGUGGAUCCAAGUGUAACAAGUAUGAGCGACUGAAGGCAACACAAGUGGCCAGGGGUAUCCGUGACAACGAGAGGAAUGCUCGUGCAGAAGUGAUAGUCGUAGAAGAAGGAAGUGAACCAUCAAAGUUAACAGAUGUUCUUGGAGACAAGCCACCGCUGUCAGAGGGAGGUGAUGAUGAUGACACAGAGGCAGACAUGUCUAACAGAAAGAUGGCUAAACUAUAUAUGGUGUCUGAUGCAUCAGGAUCCAUGACAGUGACUGUUGUGAAGGAAGAAAACCCCUUCCUGCAGAGUGACCUACUAUCAGAUGAAUGCUUCAUCCUGGAUCACGGCAAAAACAAAAUGAUAUUUGUAUGGAAAGGACAUAAUGCUAAUCCCGAUGAAAGAAAAGAGGCCAUGAAAACAGCUGAGAACUUCAUCAAGCAGAUGGGCUACCCAGCAAACACACAGAUUCAGGUGCUUCCAGAAGGAGGAGAGACUCCCAUGUUCAAGCAAUUCUUCCUGGACUGGAAGGAGAGAGAUCAGAGUGAGGGUUUUGGGAAGGUGUUCACCACUGAGAAGGUUGCCAAGAUUCAGCAAGUUGAGUUUGAUGCCUCAAAACUUCAUGAGUCCCACCACAUGGCAGCUCAGUAUAACAUGGUGGAUGAUGGGAGUGGAGAAACACAGAUCUGGAGGGUGGAGAGCAGUGGUAGGGUCCCUGUUGAUCCUAAGAACUAUGGUCAGUUCUACGGUGGAGACUGCUACAUCAUCCUGUACACUUACAGGAAGGGGCAGAUAAUCUACACCUGGCAGGGAGCCAGCUGCUCUGUGGAUGAGCUAACUGCCUCAGCGUUCCUGACCGUAGAGCUGGAUCGUUCACUGGGAGGGAAUGCGGUUCAGGUCAGAGUGCCUCAGGGUAAAGAACCCCCACAUCUGCUCAGUCUUUUUAAAUCUAAACCCCUCAUUGUGUAUAAGAGCGGCACAUCCCGCCUGGGCGAUCAUCCUCCUCCACCUCCUACGCGACUCUUCCAAGUCAGACGGAACCUGGGCACCAUCACCAGGAUUGCUGAGGUUGAUGCCAGUGCCGCCAGCCUAAACUCUAAUGAUGCCUUCUUUCUGAGGACCCCUGAUGGGCAGGGCUUUCUGUGGAUAGGCAAAGGCGCCAGUGAGGAAGAGGAAAAAGGAGCUGAGUACAUGAGCAAAGAGCUGAACUGCAGCUGCAAACGCAUCACUGAAGGACAAGAACCAGAUUGAAGAGGUUCCAGGAGAUUUCACACAGGAUGACUUAGCUGAAGAUGACGUGAUGCUGCUGGAUGUCUGGGACCAGGUGUUUGUCUGGAUUGGAAAGGAUGCAAACGAGGUGGAGAGAGCUGAAUCUCUCAAAUCUGCCAAACAGUACAUUGAGACUGACCCAGGGGGGCGUGACAAGCUGACUCCUGUGGUGGUGGUGAAACAAGGCCAUGAACCUCCCAACUUCACAGGCUGGUUCCUGGCCUGGGACCCUUCCUACUGGGACUCUAUCACCAGGAGCGUGAAGUCUCUGAAUGUUUAAAACAUUCACAUGAUAAAUCACCAGAACACAGAAAUAUUAUCAUCUUUAUAAUCAGCACAAUUUAAAUAUAUAUCCACAUGUGUACUGUCAGUCGUAGAUUUCUUCCCUAAAGUUUGAAUACAACAAGCCUCUAAACUUUAGAGGCUUGUUGUAUUCAAAGCAGUCUGUAUUAAAAUCCUUUAAUGGGAACAGUCCUGUAUUCACUGCGCGAUAAGCUGCUUUCUCAUACCAGCUGAAACAACUCAGCUUGCUUUGAUAGUAAUCAGUAAUUAAAGGUUUUUAUGGCGUGCAUAAUGUUACGAGUGUUUAUGAAGUCUUGGCCAGCUGAGGGUUUCAAAUGAAGCGAUACUAGCUCUGCUCAUCCCUGUUAGUACUCUUAUUGCAGCAUAUUGGAUUAACUGAAGGCUACUGUGUCAUCUUCUAGUUCAGCAGUCCAGGGCAUUAUUCUCUGGAAGGAUGUUCCUGAUUUUGACAAUAUUGUGCAGCUGAAAUAAAGCAUGUAAACUUCAGAGCUAUAUAAUAAAAGUAGAUAAUCAAA